GAAUUUGUCAGAAAUUUGAAUCUGGAGAAAACCAACUUACACAGUAUCUUCUGAAAUGGAUGAAAGUACAGCUCAAAAAUGUUCUUAUGUAAUUCAAUCCGACCAACAUUGCUUACAAACGACAGCAGGACUAUGCAACCUAAUUGAACACCAGAGUUUAGUGGAUAUCCUCCUGUGUUGUGGUAAUAAUUGCCUUCAUGCACAUAAAAUUGUGUUAGCAUGCCACAGUAAGCUAUUUAGGACUGAGUUUGAGCAAAAUCCCAACAUAGAGCAGGUUAUAUUUUCAGGUUGUGAUUUCAAAAUAAUUAAAGCUUUGGUGAAAUUCAUGUAUGAUGGAGAAACGUGUGUGAGUGAAGCUAAUGCCAGUAAUUUUAUUGCUAUGGCUAAAAUGCUUCAUAUUGAUUCAUUGCAUAUUCCACUCAACUAUGAAUUCUCAGAUUCCUUAAUAGAUGUACCGAAACCUAUCUUCAUAACUGCCAAACCAAAAUACCCGACCUUUCCCUUUAAACCUGCCAGUUCUGCAGUAAAUAUUUUGAAAUCGACCAACUCCACAAUCAGUAAUUCAAAUUCAAUGCCGAAGGUAAAUCGUAGAAUGUAUUUAGAUGCAGAACACCAGGCUUGUAUGAAAGAAGCCAUAGCUAGUAAAUUAGCGCUUGCGAAUUUGAAGAAAGAGAUAAGUUCAGCCCCUCAACCUCCCAUUUUCAUUAUUGAAGAUUCUUAUACAGAGACAACUGUAGAGAAUUUCAUACCUGCAGAUAGGAAAAACUUCGUCACAUUGGACGUGGAUGAAUUAAAUCCAAAAUUUGAGCCGAAAGCCACUGAUAAAUCAGACGUAAUACUAACUGUGCAGAAUGGAGAACAGCGUUGGACUGCUAACAAGAUCAAGCAAGUUCUGGAGAAUCGAGCAAACUCCAAUGUAGAGGUCAUGUUCAAAACUGCUGAUGGGACUUUUGUUACUGUAACGGAUGAAGUGUUGCGGAGUUUACAAAAAGAGGGUUUGCAGUACCAAGUAAUAGACGAGGACGGCAAAUUGGGAGAGGUUCAAGAACUAAAUUGUCUUCGUAAUGAACCAGAAGAACAAACUUCUCAAAAUAACAUAUGUAACAUGGAAUUCCAAGAUGCCUACGAUACUAAUUCUGACCCAAAUCAUCUGGACCCUACCAAUUUGAAAUCAGAAAAUGACAUUAUGUUAGAAGUAGAACCAACAACUUUAUAUAAAUCAUUCAAUAUGUCAGAUUAUUUGCAACCGCUUUCCAAGACAGAUGAAGAUGUGCGUGUCUCACCAGUGGAAGAUCGAUUGAAAUUUAGCCCUGAAAUAUUUUUUGCCGAUUUUAGCGAAAAUCUUUAAUUGUACGAAGAUUUUUUGCUCAUAAUAGCAGUUUCAAUUCGUGUAUGUAAUUAUUUAAGUACAGUAAAAGCUCUUUAUUCUAUUAUAACUUGGAUAUGAUAUAACAUGGAUAUGGUACAACAAAGAUUAAAAAAAAUUUUAAUAAUAUUAUUAGAGAAAACAGGGGGAUCCAAAUAUAGUUUUUUUUCUAUCGCCUCAUCUGUUUAAGCUACAGUUUCUUCCGCUCUUUGUUAUACUCAUACAAAUAAUAUAAACCAAGAAUAACAUCUUACCAAAUAGAACGUACGGAAUAACCGUUUCGUUCAUAACAAAAGAGUUUUAUUAUAGUAACAGUAAGUUAAAUUGUGCUCAUACAAAUUUUUUGACUCUUAUAUAUAUAUAUAUAUAUAUAUAUAUAUAUAUAUAUAUAUAUAUAUAUAUAUAUAUAUAUAUAUAUAUAUAUAUAAGCACCGUACUACCGUACUAUAACGUUAUAUCAAUUUUGUUUUGAUACUGAAAAUGUUCAUUAGGAAAGGGUUAGAUAACUUUAUCAGAUUGAGUUUGAACAUGACUUGUCCCUUUAUAGGAGUCUUUAUGCUCUUCAGGGUUUUUUGUUGAAUUUUGUUUGUCGUACAAAAUCAAUGCUCGAAAGUACCACUGGGGUAGUUUUGUUGGCGUGUGCGUGUGGUAGUCAACCACAAGUAGAGGCCGUUAAGAUGUAGUCGAAUCAGAAGAGAGAGGUUGACUGGAUUUUAGAUGUUUCUUUUAGUGUUUUAUAUGUUUGUGUGUUGAUUUGGUGGUUACAUCGACUGCGUUUUCUCGUUACUACUUUUCCUGCAGCCAUUUAUACGAUCUCAAUCCAGAACUAGUGUAUUGCACUAAAAUUCUGUUGCUGACCGUUCACGUUAACGGUCAAGCUUUGUCAGCUUUCAGUGUGGUGUUUGCGUGUGCGUUUGUGUAUAUGUUGUGUGUUGACCAGACGGUGAUUGUGACUGUAUUUUCUAGUUGCUAUUGUUCCUGCAGCCGUUUAUACGCUUCCAGUCAACUCCAGAAUUAGUGUAUUGUACUAAACAUAUGUUGUUGACUUUAUGCGCUAACGUCCAGGCCCUGUAAUCUAAGGAAAAACAGUCCCCUUUGUCGCCGAGCCAGUAUGUGCGUAUGUCUGUUAUCGUUAUGCAAUAAUAUUGGGUAACCGCAAAAAACCAAUCUCGCCCUGUUUGGGGCAAUGAAAAGUAUUAGGACAUGAGGGUACGGAGAGCUAGCGGUGUAACUUCAAGGAUAUCUGCGUACUCUCCCGAAGCUUGUUAAUGCAUGAUUACAUUAGAAUGGGCGAAAGAUGAGGUUUUUUGUUUUUGAAGUUGCGGGAUCGUACAUUACCGUAAGAAAACAGGAACUUUUAAAUGCUUCUUGGGUGUUGGAGUGUGGUUGGAGCGUGUUUAUGACUUUUAGGGUAAAGUUCCUGUUGAAAGAGUUUAUUUUUUUGAUAAUUGUAGAGACAUUGGAAAUAUGGAUUUCGCCGGUGGGGAAUCGGCAAGUUUUGUAGUUUGCUUUACGCAUGAUUACAGGCUCGGUUCUAAAGUCUUAGUUUUUGUGAGCUACUUAGGAGACAGUAGAUGUUUGAUUUGUACUCUAUAAUGGGUCGAAUAUAGGUGUUGUAAGUACAAGUAAUUGUAAGUAAGUAAAUAGAAGUCUUUAUGUUUGUCCUAUGAAUUCUCCUUGCAAGUAGAUUGAAGAGUCGAUCUCUGUAUCUUACCCUAUCUAAAGUUGUUUUAGAUCAACAUUCCAGCAGAGUCCUGGUAAACCGGACUCCCAGGUGCUGUCGGGUUGAUAGAGAGCCUUGCUAUUCAUCGUUGAGCCUUCAUCGUUGUAACGAAUAACUUUAAAGGAUAUUUUUGGACUGCAAAACUCGAGAGUCUGUGUUUUGUUGGUAUUUAGACUGACUCUCUACUUAUUACACCAUUCUCCGAUACAGUUUAGUAGAGAUUGUGCUCUUCUAAAGAUUCUCUCAAGGUGGUACUGUUUCGUUGCUGUGAGCAAAGUCGUAUUGUCUGCGUAGAGAAAUGAUCGUGUACCUGGGAUGUUUUGGGUCGAAUUUUCACUAUUGUACAUAAUGUACAACAGUGGGGUUAGUACUGAUCCUUGUGGGACUCCAGCCCGUAAAGUAAAAGAACUUAAGAGUUAGUCGAAUGCCUCAAAAUGUACAGGAAUAAACCACAAUUUUAAUUGCAAAUACAUUAUAUUUGACGCUUCGAUUUCCACCUUGGAAAUCUUUCUCAAAUACCGAAUGAUUUAUUUAAAAUCUAACAGUCUAUAUAAAGUAACUGCAGCUUAUGUCAAAUAACAUUUGGUUAAAUGACAAUAAGACAAGUAAUAAAUUAAGGUAUUUAAGGUAUUUUGAAAACUACUUGUAAGUGAACAAUCAAAAAUUUUCAAUCCGCAAAUCAAAUAUCAGCGAAUAAAAAACUUUUACUGUAUGUACCUAUAUUGUAACGUAUUCUAUUGUAGAUUUUUUUGAAUUACCUGUUAGUUAUAUUAGAAAUUACUAGACAUAUUAGACAGUAAUUUAAUUUAUCCAGAAUGUUUCAUUGUUAUAUGUAAAUAUAUUAACUGUACAACUUUGACGUCUAAAUAUGAUCAUUUAACCCAAAUUACUGAUAAUAAUUAUGUCUCUCUUAUUUAAAUAUAUUUUU